CUUGAUUGGGUGCCAGUAAAAUUCCAACUUCAAUUCUUGAAGUGCUCGCAACUUUCAAGUUUCAGAGAAACUGAGACGAAGGGACUGGUGGCAGGUGGUGUACGGUGGGCAGCAACCUUGCGGCACUUGCUCCUUUCAGGACACUCAUUCGCUGCCUUUCGAUACCUCACACAUGGGCGCCGCAAUGCAGGCGGACGUCUUAGCAGCGCUUGGCGACGAUGCCAAGUUCUUUGUGGAGAAUGCAAACGGGCGGUUGCAUUGCACCCUCACAAACAUCGACCUGCUCCCAGAUGCAGACAGUGUGACCGCGCAUCUGCACAGCAAGCGCUUCAAGGCAGCCAAGGUGGAGGCGGGACUGAAGCAGUUUGGGCCGUACAUUGUCACGAGCCCUGAGUAUCCGGACAAGCUGCAAUGCACACUCACUGGCGUGCUGAUCAACAAGAAUGAGGACGCGGUCUGGAAGCACAUAAUGGGGAAGAAGUUCCAGCGGCGCCUCGGCGAAAAGGAGGCCGAGAAAGCGGCCAAGAAAGGCAACUCGAACCCCCCUGGUCCAUCUAAACAAGAAGCCGCCAAAACCAACCCCCCUGAACCCUCUCCGAUGGUUCCUGAGGCUAAGCCGGAAGCAAGUUCUAGCAGUGAAGAGGAGGACGACGAUGAAGAAGGGGGGUUCUGGAUACCCCCACCAGGGUCGCGGAGGGACGAGGACCGAGAGGAGGAGACAGCUGCAGGGGGGGAGGACGUGGUCAUGGAAGAACCAGACGACAUUGGAGGAGCAAACGGCCAUGCGUCGUCAUUGAAGGAGGCAAACGGCGGCGGCAAACGAAAAUCGAAGUCUUCGAAGGGCACCGCGUCCAGUAAUGGGGACAAACGGACGACCAGAUCAUUGGGGCCAGCAGAAAACGCACCACAGAAAAAGAAGCGGAGACCUCAGGGCUAGAAUUAGCGAUUGCGAACAAAUUGUCAAUCUAGGAGUCGGCGCCUGCAAAAUGAAGCCGUUCGUCGAUAUAAGCAAACGAAGCUGUCGGGAACGCUCUGAUUGACAAGCCAUGCGCCCCUGAUGACCGUUGAAGGUUUAUAAUGUGUUCAAGAUCAGAAAGCUGCGGCAGCUCUUCCUGAUGCGUGCUUUG